AUGUAUCUAGGUAUUCCAAACAUGACCGUAAAAGACAACCAUAAUAAUGACCUUGGAAAAAUACAUAGUUAUAUCUCAGUUAUUGAUGUCGAGUCUGGUAGGAAUGGUCUUGUUAAUGCUCUCAAGGAAUUGGUGAUUCAUAUUAGUCAAGGAAAAAACGAUAAGGAUGGUAAGAAACGCAUGUCAUUAAUGAAGUCUUUUGCAUCACCUUACUCAAGUCAACCUACUGGCAAGGCAUGGCGUAUUCAAGCUUUGGUAAAGGAUCUAGAAAAUUUGUUUGGUAUCACUCCUCAACGUACAAAUGCUAUCAAGGAAAUCCUAUCUUUGCCUCUUUCGCAACAAAAAAAGAUGAUUGGUGCUUUGAUCGAAAGAUUAUUGGUUAGUGGAGGUGCCCCUAUGAAUGAUCGCUCAGGUACUCUUGAAUCUACUCUCAGCAUAUUAAGUGAUACUAUCAAGAAACCGUAUAUCAAUUACAUGGGACAUAGCUUUCGACGAGCCGAUGGUAGCUUUAAUUGCAUCAACCUUCCAAAUGUAGGCAAGGCUGGUAAUUAUUAUGUUCGCAAUGUGACUUCCACCGCUCUAGUCAACGAGAACCUCCCGUCACCACAUGUUGUUUUUGAACGUCUGCUGAAACGUCCUGAAGGUCAAUUCAAUCCUCACAAAAGUGGCAUUAAUAUGUUUUUGUUUUAUUUUGCUAUCCUUAUCACUCAUGACCUAUUUUAUACCGAUCGAAGGGACCCAAGACGCAACCUGACUUCAAGUUAUAUAGAUAUGUCAUAUUUGUAUGGAUUCAACAGAACGGAUCAAGAGAGUGUACGUCAAAUGAAAAAUGGAUUACUGAAAAAUGACCAAUGGUUUGACAAACGACUUGUUAUCCAACCACCUGGUGUUGGUGCUUUUGCUGUUUUAUUCUCACGCAACCAUAACUAUAUUGCCAAAAAAUUACUGGAGAUCAAUGAAAAUGAUCGAUUCUCAUAUGGACCUGGAAAGCGUCUAGCUACCGAAGUACAACUAGAUGAAGAAUUAUUUCAAACUGCUCGAUUGAUCAAUAACGCCUGCUUUAUCAAUAUAAUUGUUCAAGAUUACCUUCGAUCUAUCUCUGGGGCCCAACAAGAUGCUAACUUUGUAUUCAAUCCAUUGGCAAGACCUUCUUAUCCGACUUUUGGUAAUGAAGUAUCCGUUGAAUUUAACAUUGUUUAUCGAUGGCACGCUGCAAUUGGUCAACAUGAUGAAAAGUGGCUCAAUUCUGUCAUGUCAGUUUUGGGAUCCGAAUUAAGAUAUCAAGCACAAGUACCUCCUAUGUUGGAUCAUCUUCAAGAAGGAAAUGACAGCAAAGGACCAGAUGAAACAAGAACACAACCAGGGACGGAUCAAAGCGAACUUGAUGCACUACUCCCCAGCUUCAACAGUAACUUUGCAAAGGCGACCCCGGAAGAAUUGGAAAAAGGAUUACCCUUGGAUGGAGCUCAUCGAGAUAUAGAAACCGGAUCAUUUCGUGAUGCUGAUUUGGCUCAAUUACUACGACGUGGGUAUAAUCAAAUAGCCUCAGAAAUUGGAAAUGGACUAGGAGUUCCUGCAUCUAUGGAACCUAUUGAAAUAGCUGGUAUCAUACAAGCACGGGCACUUGGGUGUUGUUACUUCAAUGAAUUUAGAAAAUACCUUGAUCUAUUGCCAUUGAAGACAUUUGAGGAUUUCUCUGAUAAAGUGGAAGUGCAAACAGCUCUCAAGGAACUCUAUGGUACGCCAGACAAGGUUGAAUUAUAUGCAGGUCUGAUGGUAGAACGUACUCUGUUGAUUGGUCUUCGUUUACCUUACACUAUGACGCGUGGAGUUUUAAGUGAUGCCAUCAAUCUUUUACGAAAUGAUCGGAUUUUGACUCAAGAAUUGGUACCAAGUACGUUGACAAAUUGGGGAUAUGAAUUUAGUCAAGGGGAACCUGAACAUUUUGGACGCAUUUUCCCAAAAAUGCUUCGACUUCAUCUUGCCAAUGCUCAUCCUGAUGGUGCACCUGUAUUUACUGACAAGGAACUGAAGAAUCUCUUUGUUGUACCGGACUUUCAUGAUAACUCCCACUAG